AUUCAUUCUAAACACACCACAGCAACCGAAAGUGCACAUGUGCGUAUGAUGACUUGCCUGACCACCAUCAAUCAUGCCGUCCGCCUCUGCCUUGUUUGGUCUACCCUCUGGCCCAAGCUGGCUGGACAAGACAUGCAGCAAAAGUGAUGUGGCGACUCGACAGGGUGGUUCUGUCUUUCCAUUCCCCCCAAACAUGAGCCAUCUUCUCGCCUAUUGACCAUUCGUCCUCGAGUCUGGGAGACGCAGACGACCAGAUGGCGGAUCCCUUCAGCAUCGUGGCUGGUGUCGCCGGUCUGAGCGACGUCUGUUUCCGGCUGGUCUCGUACGUGCGAAGCCUGAAACAGGACGUGAACGCGACAUCCUCACAGCUAGCAGCCCUCACGGACGAGAUCGAAACACUCAGGAAACUGUGCCAGGCUGUGCAAGGCGCCAUUCCAACUUCGACGGCUGUGUCCUUGCGGUCACACAGUACGCCCACAACGGGCGAUAGACGGACGGCAAACGAGAAGCAACUCUUCCUGUGGUCUUUUGUCGAUGGAUGCGUUAAGGAAUGUCACAGUUUGGUAGAACAGCUGCACGCGCUGCUCGUGCAGCUCUGUAGCGGCGACACCGGCUCUCCUACCUCGCCAAGCGGCACUCUAGCCAAGCUGAAGACAGCCCUUGCGAAGCGCUCCGUCGAUGAUGACUUGAAUAGAAUCCGCCGUGAUUUGGGCAUACAGCAUGGCACCUUGAAUACUUUACUCACCCUUAUCUCCGUACAAGAUGGGAGACUUGCGCAUAUCACCAAUCUCGAAUCGAUAGCCAACGUUGCCAACGAUGUCCACUUUCUGAGGCGCAGAGUGGAAUCGCAGAGACUACUGGGUGGGACCGCCAGUCCCCAGACUCCGACCUCCCCAGGUAGCAGAGAUGCUUUGGCUGCAUUGGAGCACCUCGACAUCUGGUUCAACUCGAUGCCUGCAGAGACGCCUCUGCGAGUCGCCAACCAAUACUUCGAUAUCCCCCAGGCCGUGAGUAGCUACUACGUCGGGAGAGAAGAUCUGCUACAUGAGCUACGCGAUGCUUUCAUCCAACCACCCGGGCCGCUGCAUAAGCAAAGACAACGACGGUUCGUUGUCCAUGGUAUCGGGGGCUCUGGCAAGACACAGUUCUGCUGCAAGUUUGCCGAAGAGAACCGUGACAGCUUCUGGGGCGUCUUCUACAUCGACGGCAGCUCAAAGGCACAACUCGAGCAGACUUUUGGGCGGAUAGGUCGACUUGCUGGCCUGGACAAGAGCACGGCCAACGAAUUGUCGAUGAAUGCAGCUCUGCACUGGCUGUCCACCGAGCAGCGACGUUGGCUCCUCAUCAUCGAUAAUGCAGAUGACCCCAGUAUCUCCUUGGAAACCUACUUUCCGAAGGGAAACCGAGGCCAUAUUCUAAUCACAACUCGUGUUCCUGGUCACUCAAUACACAACCAAAACGUUGAGCUACAGCCUUACAACUUCAGCUCACGACUGCUAUCCCCAGAAGAAGCCACGAAUCUUCUCCUGCGGGCUGCUAGGCGGCCCUCUCCCUGGGACGUAGCAUGGCGAAAGAUUGCUCAUGCCAUCACGGAGACCCUUGGCUACCUCUCACUCGCCAUUUGUCUUGCGGGAGCCGCCAUCCGAACCAAUCUCUGCGACCUGAACAACUUUGACGAGUUUUACGAUCUGAGCUGGCAACAAGUCCAAUACUCGAGCUACGCCCCUGACGACCCCGACCACAAAUUCGAAGUCUGCGCCGUUCGCACCUGGGAGAUGCUCUACCUCAAGCUGGAGACAGAGAACACGCAGCGCAGCCGCGACGCGACCCAACUUCUCAACGUGUUUGCCUUUCUGCACCGAGAGAACAUUCCAAGAGAACUGUUGGAGCGGGCACUUGCAAACGCCGAUCUGGAGACUGCGCAAGCCGAGAAGGACAAUCAGCAAGCAGAGUUGGAAUCGCAACGACAGACUACGAGUUAUCUCGACUGGCUAUCGUCCAAGCAGCGGAGUCUUUUGAUGUUUCUUUUCAGAGCGCGAGGUCCUACCCCUUUUCCAGACGCCAUACGUUGGGGACGAAUGCAUGGAAACUCCAGGAAAGGUGUCUUGCGGGUGAAACAGGCUCUCUCGGAGCUCACACAGCGUUCCCUCAUCGACUACAAUGAGAUCAGCAAAAGUUAUACCAUGCACCCGAUCGUUCAUAAAUGGGCUCGCAUGCGACAGCGGUUGAGCCGGCAGUCCCUGUGGGCGGACACAGCCGGCAUGGUGCUGUCCGCAUCCAUCUUGCUUCCUCCCCUCGGCCUAGAGGCGGACGACGACACCUAUCACUUGAGUCUACUUCCCCAUGUCAAACACGUCCAGGCCUGUCGUGAAGCAAUAUCCGAGGAAAUGGAAGCGAAACGCGCCCUGACCUGGAAAGCACGACUGUAUUUUGGCGAGACCCUGUACGCGGAGAGACUGGUCAUGUUUGGCAAGUUUAGUCUUGUCUAUAUGCGCUCUGGUGGCUUCAACGAGGCGGAGCGGCUACUGACCCUCGUGGUCGACACGCUCGUCCGCAUUCUUGGUCAGCACAAUAGUCGCACGAGGCGUGUAAGCCUAGCUCUUUCAGACGCAUACUGGAUGAACAGCAAGCCGGAGGAGGCUGCAAUAUUGCAAGUCCGCCAGCUGUCGCUGUGCCAGAAGCACUUGGGCCCAGGACAUCCAGACACGCUGAGAGUCAUGAGCAAGUUGGGGCACACUCGCUGGCAACAAGGCAAACUCUCGGACGCCCUCGAACUGCAGAGACAAGCGGUGCAAGGUUUGAAAAGAACUCUUGGUGACAAACACCAAGAUACUUUGACAGCCAUGGACCAACUCGGUCGGACUGUGAUCAAGUUCUACCGGAGAGCAGACAUUGAGGAGGCUCACCAACUGCACAGAACGGCCAUGGAAGGGUUAAAGGCACUCCACGGCCCGGACCACGCUGGUGCUCUGGACGCGCAGGAGAGCUUGAGUCGCACCGCUUUACUCCUCGGCGUCGAUUACGCCGUCCAAGCAGAGCAGCUCAUGGCCGAAGUUCUGCAAAGACGUCAGUCUCGAUACGGCAAGACAAACCCCAUGACGCUGCUCGCCAUGGUCAACAUGGCCAUUGCCAAGUGCGCCAUUCAACAGCCAAGGAAAGCGGAAGCUCUGAUGCGAGAAGGCCUCCUCGUCGCGGAGAGCAUGUACGGGGUCAGCCAUAUUGCUACCGCUUGGGGGCGUUGCAUCCUUGGACUUACCCUCAUCCAGCAGCAGCGAUACGACGAGGCUGAGGCCAUCCUCCAGGAGGUCUCCGAGACGCAAAAGUCCAUGGCCGCUCGUCGGGGCGACUUCCACCCGGAUCGAUUGGGGACGCUCGCCGAGAUGGCGCGGUGCUACUAUCUCCAUGGGAAGAUGGCGGAGAGUAUUGAGACCUGCGACGAGGCUAUCAGGGGUCUACAGAGCAUCAGCAAGCCAGGAGUCGAACACGCCCUCUCCGCGCAACUCAAAAUGGCACGGGCCAGUAUGGUGUUGCGCUUGGAGCAUCGCUCUUCUGGCUUGUCCCAGGCGCCUGCGUUAGCACCACCUGUUUUCCCUGCGAUCAACUUCUGCCAGGGUGACUGAGGACAACUUCUAUGUGAAUCAAAGCAUCACUAAGCCAAGAGAGCUUGACGGGGCAUCCUUCUGGUCAGAGAUUCACCAGCAUCUAGAUUCCUGAGUUAGCUGACUAGCGGACUCCAGAGCAGGCACCAGCAUAUGCGACGCUGAUGGCUGAGUUGAGUUAUGCUACUCAAAGAAAGGAGCUGUGCCUGGCGAUGAUGAGCUUCC